GUUCCAUAGUGUCGUCCUAUUGGUACGCAUUCGCUCAAUUUUCCCCAUCGCAUCGCAUGGGCAAGGAAAAUUCUAUCCGAGCUCUUCGGGUCAGAAUAGUGUGUGAUCUCGUCCGAAAAGGAGCAUAAAUCCCAUCAGAGUGAAAUAAAAGUGCAUAGUUGUAGUUUUAAUUAGAAAAGAAAUAAGAAGUAAAAAAUUGCUAGAUUGACAAAAAUAAACCUUAAAAGUGACGGAUCAACGGCACCAGAUAGGAGUGUAAAGUGAAAGCACAUAGGCACCUUACACUUAUUCACGUCUCUGAGGGCAUCAGAUCAUCAGUGACCAGCGGCGGCGGCGGUGGCAAACCGUUGUGAAAUGUCCAAUGAUUAGGAAAAGGGUGACCAGUGUGGAGUACGACGGAUACGUUACGGAUCCCCAACCGUUAUCUGCUAGGGGAUGUCGGGCUGUGACGAGGAGGCAGCAGUGUUGACCACAGAGCUUCCUGCGACCGACCUCGAUGAAUGUCUCAAAGUGCGGAAAUGGUGGUGUUUUCUAUUAUCAAGUAUAUUCACAUUUUUGGCUGGACUGCUUGUUGUGCUUUUAUGGCGGGCCUUUGCCUUUUUGUGCUGUCGAAAGGAGCCCGAGCUAGCGCCCAAUGAUCCGAAACAGAAGGAACAGAAGGCCUCCCGUCAGGGCAAGCAGGACUUCGAGGGUACGUUUAUGACCGAAGCGAAGGACUGGGCCGGUGAACUUAUCUCGGGUCAAACCACUACCGGAAGAAUCUUGGUUGUACUCGUAUUCAUCCUUAGCAUCGCAUCCCUCAUCAUCUACUUUAUAGACGCGUCGAGCGAAGAAGUCGAACGAUGUCAAAAGUGGAGCGACAACGUCACCCAGCAAAUUGAUCUAGCAUUCAACAUAUUUUUUAUGGUUUACUUUUUUAUACGAUUUAUAGCAGCGUCCGAUAAGCUUUGGUUUAUGUUAGAGAUGUACAGUUUUGUAGAUUAUUUUACGAUACCCCCGUCCUUUGUGUCAAUAUAUUUAGAUCGGACAUGGAUCGGUCUACGUUUCCUACGAGCGCUACGUCUUAUGACUGUCCCGGAUAUAUUACAAUAUUUGAAUAUACUUAAAACAUCUAGUUCAAUACGUUUGGCACAAUUAGUAUCAAUUUUUAUAUCAGUGUGGUUAACAGCUGCUGGAAUUAUUCAUUUGGUGAGUAUCGCCCCUCGGUGUAGUGCAUUUCUGGCAAAGCGAAAUCGAAACUCGAAAAUCAAACCAAAGCGAAAACCCCUGUCCAAAUUAGAAGCGUAGUAAAGCUAGGUGUCCCCCUCAAUUGCAUUCGAAUUCAAAAGAUGGUUUAAAUCAGAACAGAAUCGUCAGAGUCAGUAAAAUUCCAACGCUGAAAUGCCAAUCACUAAGACGGCAUAGUGCGCCGCUCAUUAUGCCGUAAAAUUAUGCCAAGCGCCUUGAAAGCUGUCUUUAAGCAUAUACCAGCCAGUGUUUGGUUGGUAGAAUAUGAUGUAAUACCACGUGCGCCCUCCGGUGCUCACCGUGUAUGUAAGUAAGAAGCUCUGAUUGAACAAUUAUGCUAAAUUUUAGCAUAAAUCCCUUUUCUCCGGAGGAUGCGCUGCCAAACAUUCUCUGGGUCCCUCAGUUGGCCCAGAGUAGCGCAUCACUCCGUUGAACUCGAGAAAAUGCCAGCAGGGUGUAGAAACCACUCAGUACGAUUGUGCUGAAUUUUAGCAUAAUUUCAUGGGUUCAAUCCAUUUUCGACAACACAAGUCACUAAAUUAAAAGUAACGUGUUGGUGGUGAGUAUCGUUCCCUAUAACUACUACUUUUUCGAAUACUGGUAGCUGACUUUUUUGAUACGAAAGCGUACUUGUUUUGGCAUCAGAAAUAAUCACAAACGGCAGCAGCUUAUUAGAAGGCAAAUUAGCUAAGGAACAGUAUUUUGAUUAGUUUCCCUUUCAAAAAUUGAAACUCCCAACAUUUUGAGUUUGUCGUGCUAUGAGUUGUGUCUUUAUUUCUUUACACCGAAACCAAACGAUUGGUCGUUAUCGAGGUAUUGUUUUGAUUUGCUUUUGACGCUGGUUAGAAUUUUCAUACGCAGGUUGAGCAGUAUUGUUCUGGAAACGAUUGCAAUUUAUCCUACUCUAGUCACAUCCAACUGAAAUCAUCGAAAAAUCUACGCUAUUCGAUAAUAUUUAUUAGUUUGACCAUUGCACCUCAAUUUAUUUCACAAAGAGCAUCUUUCCAAGAACUUUUUUUUUACACACAGUUUCUUAAGCUUUAUUUCUAUUCUUAUUACCUGCUGCAUGAUAUUGAUAAGCUUUAAAUUUAUCUUACUCUUUUAUUUCCACAUUUUUCAACAAAUAUGUAUUUCGUUUAAGCUUAUAUUUCUCAUUGCUCUUAAAAUGAAGGGGUUUUGAGGGGCUAGAUCUUCGAUAUUUAAAUGCUUUAUAACAUCAGUGACCGAAGAAUGUUUGAUUUAAAACGAAAUCCGUUGUACAAUGGUUCCUAGAAGAAUAUUGACAUUUUAAUUUAUUUGAUUUCGUUUGAUGUGUUAUGACUCAAGACUAACUACUCGAAGAUUCGUUGGUAACCUCCGAAGGGAGGCCAAUGAAUCUUCCACUCUUUAUAACAUCUAAAGCUCAGUAGUUUUCUUAUAUGAUCUCUUUCUUUCUACCUCCAGAAGGAUAUGAAUUUCACAGACGAAAAUGUUAACGCCCGAAGUUCAGAACCUAUAUUUUUUUCAGCUACCACUAGCUGUUAAUACGUAAUUGAAUAGUUCUCGUCCCCUAACGUUGAAUCCGGUGCAUACCAGCUAAAAUAUGGUCCUAUCCUUUGCGCAUGCAGUAAUGCUCUUUUUGUUGUUUAGUCACUUUAUGUACGUUUGACAAGGUGAUUUAGUUUUCAUUGCUGCACUUUCAGACUCACAGUGAAACGUUUUUACGGACGUGUGAAACUUCCGUUCCUAUUGUUAAGCCAAUAAAAUCCAUGUCAUCUGCGCAGCAAACAACUUAAUUGGCUCCGUUAAAAUCGCACGUCGGCUGUCAAACCCGGGACUUCAUGCCAUAGGCCUGUGAAACUACAUUGAAAUUUAAACGACCCCUUUAAAGAACAAUGUUCAGUGGGACUCGUAAUUGUUACACCAUAAUUUUGUAAUGAAACAAGUU